AAGAAAUGACAACUUAGCACUGGCACUGCUCUGAAGAUGUGUAGGAUAAUACAAUGUAUUUUCUUUGUAUCUGUCUUUGAAAUUCUUCUUGCAGCUGAACUGCGAAUUGUAAAUGGUCCAGAUCCAUGCUCUGGAAGAGUGGAAGUCUAUCAUAAUAGUGAAUGGGGUACAGUGUGUGACGAUCACUGGGACAUAAGUGAUGCUAAUGUUGUCUGUAGAGAACUGGGAUGUGGAACUGCCAUUUCAGCACCCGGAAGUGCUCACUAUGGACAAGGAACUGGGAAAAUAAUGAUGGAUGAUGUAAACUGUGGAGGAUCUGAAUCUUCACUGAAAUCUUGUUCCUUCAAUGGAUGGGAAAAGAAUAACUGCGUACAUGGUGAAGAUGCUGGAGUUCAAUGUGCAGUUGAACUGCGACUAGUAAAUGGCUCAGAUCCAUGCUCUGGAAGAGUCGAAGUCUAUAAUAAUAAUGAAUGGGGUACAGUGUGUGAUGAUCACUGGGACAUAAAUGAUGGCAACGUUGUUUGUAGAGAACUGGGGUGUGGAACUGCCGUUUCAGCACCAGGAAGUGCUCAUUAUGGACAAGGAAAUGGAUCAAUAAUGAUGGAUGAUGUAAGCUGUAGUGGAUCUGAAUCUUCACUGAAAUCUUGUUCCUUCCGUGGAUGGAAAAUUCAUAACUGCAAUCAUGGUGAAGAUGCUGGAGUUCAAUGUGCAGAUGAACUGCGGCUAGUAGGUGGCUCAUAUCCAUGCUCUGGAAGAGUGGAAGUCUAUAAUAAUAGUGAAUGGGGGACAGUGUGUGACGAUUACUGGGACAUAAGUGAUGCUAAUGUUGUCUGUAGAGAACUGGGAUGUGGAACUGCCAUUUCAGCACCUGGAAGUGCUCACUAUGGACAAGGAAAUGGGACAAUAAUGAUGGACAAUGUAAACUGUAGCGGAUCUGAAUCUUCACUGAAAUCUUGUUCCUUCCCUGGAUGGGAAAAGCAUAACUGCAAUCAUGGUGAAGAUGCAGGAGUUCAAUGUGCAGUUAAAAUGCGACUAGUAAAUGGCCAAAAUCCCUGCUCCGGAAGAGUGGAAAUCCUUUAUAAAAAUGAGUGGGGAACAGUUUGUGAUGAUAACUGGGAUAAAAAUGAUGCUAAUGUUGUCUGUAGAGAAUUGGGAUGUGGAGCUGCCAUUUCAGCACCAGGUUCUGCUGCCUAUGGACAGGGAACUGGACCAAUAAUGCUGGAUGAUGUAAACUGUCAAGGAUCUGAAUCUUCACUGAUGCAGUGUUCCUUCAGAGGAUGGAAACAACAUAACUGUGGACAUGGCGAAGAUGCUGCAGUUCAGUGCACAGGUCCACUGGAGAUGCAGACUCUCUUAUAUUAUAACUAA